AUGGAACGCCGCAACAGGGAGAUUUCUCUGGAUGAAGUCGAGAUAGAUGAGCCCGCACUCGUUCAUGUUGAAACAGGUGGAGGUGGUUAUGCAUCUUUCAACUCCGCCGGUCAUUCCCAGGACCGUGAAGAAGAAGAAUUCUCUAUAGACAACGCACCACCUCUGUUCAGCAAGUACGGCGACUUCCACACGAUAGAUUGGCAACGUGAUCUUGCAAGAGAUCGGUUGCGACAUAAAUUAAUCGUUGGGAAAAGAGCAGAUUUUCCAUGGGGUAUCUUGCAAAGUGCUUGGGAUGCUGGAGCAGGGUGGAUUUGCGUCCUAAUGGUAGGACUUGCCGCUGGUGCCUCAGCUGGUGUAAUCGAUAUCGGCGCUCGAUGGAUGAGUGAUUUGAAGGAUGGUGUUUGCGCGGAUCGAUUUUGGUUAGAUCGUGAACACUGUUGCUGGUCUUCAAAUGAUACAGUAUAUAAGGACUCUGACUGUAGCGCCUGGACGGCAUGGCCGGAGAUGCUGAAUUAUUAUGGAAAAAAUCCUUUUUUCUACGUUCUGGAAUUUGUUUUUUAUGUUGGCUGGGCUGUUCUCAUGGCUACGCUGGCGGUCGUGUUUGUGAAGGUAUUUGCACCAUACGCAUGUGGUUCUGGUAUACCAGAGAUAAAAUGUAUUCUAUCCGGCUUCGUUAUUCGCGGUUACCUAGGGAAAUGGACUUUCAUAAUCAAGUCCGUAGGGCUUAUUCUAGCAUCUGCUUCAGGCCUUUCACUGGGUAAAGAAGGCCCCAUGGUGCAUCUGGCGUGUUGCAUUGGCAACAUAUUCUCCUACCUUUUCCCCAAAUACGGUAUGAAUGAGGCCAAGAAAAGGGAGAUUCUCAGUGCAUCUGCUGCGGCUGGUGUUAGCGUUGCGUUUGGUGCUCCAAUUGGUGGUGUGCUGUUCAGCUUGGAGGAGGCGUCAUACUACUUCCCACUGAAGACUAUGUGGAGGUCAUUCUUCUGCGCUCUGGUUGCAGGAAUUAUUCUACGUAUCGUGAAUCCUUUUGGCAGUGAUCAGACAUCGCUCUUCCAUGUCGACUAUAUGAUGAAGUGGACAUUCGUGGAGCUCAUUCCUUUUGCUUGUUUAGGCCUUUUUGGAGGUAUACUAGGAAGUCUAUUCAUCUUUGGCAACAUAAGGUGGUCUCGCUUCCGUAAGACAUCGAAAACUCUCGGUGGCAAUCCAAUCUACGAAGUUAUUCUUGUAACUUUUCUCACUGCAGCUAUCUCAUACUUCAAUCCUUACAUGAGAAAAAGUGCUUCGAGCAUGAUCAAACAGCUUUUCGACAGAUGUGGUCCUGAGGAUUAUAUGGUAAAUUUGUGUGAUUAUCAGAAUAAAACUUUCACAAGUAAUAAGGUUGAUGACAAUUAUCAUACUGGAGUAUUUGGAAGUGGAGUGCAGAGCGCUUUUUGGGAUUUGAUAAUGGCGCUUAUUUUCAAGUUCGUGUUCACAAUCUUUACUUUCGGUAUAAAAGUUCCUUGUGGUUUGUUUGUACCUUCAAUCGCCAUGGGUGCUAUUGCUGGACGACUCAUGGGAAUGAGUAUGGAAAGCGUAUUUCGAAGCUUUCAGAUGCAGAGUGGGCACUCGACUUAUUGGUCUUGCCAAAUUGGGAAGGACUGUGUCAUGCCUGGACUGUACGCUAUGGUGGGUGCUGCGGCGGUGUUGGGUGGUGUAACCAGAAUGACGGUAUCGCUCGUGGUUAUCAUGUUCGAGUUGACUGGUAGUCUCGAAUUUAUCGUGCCUACAAUGGUGGCCACGAUGUUCUCCAAAUGGAUUGGUGAUGCCAUCUGCAAAACUGGUAUAUACGAUGCUCAUAUUGAGCUUAAUGGUUAUCCAUUUUUGGAUAACAAAGAAGAAUACCCCUACUCUACUAUCGCUGUACAGGUGAUGCGUCCAUGUGCUACGGCUACCACUACGUCUCCUGCUUCACCCGAGACCCGCCAAGAUCGCAAUGAACUCGCUGUAAUAGUACAGGAUGGAAUGUCUGUCGGCGACAUCGAACAGCUACUACGCGAGACGAACUUCAAUGGGUUCCCCGUAGUUGUGUCCACAAACAGCAUGUAUUUGGUUGGAUUCGUUACUCGACGUGAUCUACAACUUGCAUUACAUGCAGCACGGAAAACCCAACCCUAUGUCGUGACAGACUCUAUUGCUUACUUUACUAAUCAAGUUCCCGAAUCAACGGCGGGAGGUCCAGCCCCACUCAGGCUACGAAAAAUAAUCGAUCUCGCCCCUAUGACCGUGACUGAUCAGACACCAAUGGAAACCGUUAUCGAUAUGUUCAGAAAACUUGGUUUACGGCAGGUACUAGUGACGAAAAAUGGAAAAGUGCUUGGAAUAAUAACGAAGAAAGAUAUACUUCAGUUUAUGCGAAAUGCACAGUCGGGUUUCACAAAUCCCAAUUUCAAGUGA